GCUGUCUGGCCGCUGCCCGCGGAGUAGUGAGGGGAGGCGUGAGGAGAACCGGGCCGGGGGCUCCGCCAUGGGCAGGCGGCCGCGGGGCAGCGCCGGUGCCGCCCGACGCUGAGGAACCGCCGAGGUUGUGCUCGAUUUUAAAGGCCAGAGAGCUCUUUAUGGCACAGAGUGGAAAACCUGAGCGGUCACUGACUCUGCACAGAGAGCUGGGAGACCCAGGAGCCGUGCUGGGAGGCCCCUCUGCAGAGGAUGUUCCCUCCACCACAGAGCUCCCUGUAACGGGCGACGAUGACAAUCCCGGCGGGACCUUGGGAAGCACUAAGAUUUCAGUAGCCCAGCACCCGUGGGUGGCCACUUCUCCCUCCUUCUCCACGCCCUGCCCUCCCACCACUCCCCGGGAUGGUGUAUUAUUAACCAAGAAGAACCCUGCUUCUUCUCUUCUCCUCACCCCUCAACUUUCGGCAGCUCUGGGAUUUGUAUGGCAGCAGCGUAACCGUGGAGAGGCCGGGGUAUCACAAACUUAUGGAUUUUGAUAAGAGAGGAGGGAAAGGGGAGCUGGAGGAAGGUAAAAGGAUGUCCAAGACAGGUGGAGGAAGGAGCAGUCAUGGAAGCCGGAGUGCUGGAACCAACUCGGGAGUCUUAAUGGUGGGUCCCAACUUCCGGGUCGGCAAGAAGAUUGGAUGUGGCAAUUUCGGGGAGCUCCGUCUAGGAAAGAACCUCUACACAAACGAAUACGUAGCUAUCAAAUUGGAACCCAUAAAAUCCCGGGCCCCCCAGCUGCACCUGGAGUAUCGGUUCUACAAACAGCUUGGCAAUGCAGAAGGAAUUCCUCAGGUUUACUACUUUGGCCCUUGUGGGAAGUACAAUGCCAUGGUGUUGGAGCUGCUGGGACCCAGCCUGGAAGAUCUCUUUGAUCUGUGUGAUCGGACCUUCACGCUCAAGACCGUCCUGAUGAUCGCAAUCCAGCUGAUCACACGGAUGGAGUAUGUCCACACCAAAAGCCUGAUCUACAGAGACGUCAAGCCAGAGAACUUCCUGGUGGGGCGGCCGGGCAGCAAGAGGCAGCACACCAUCCACAUCAUUGAUUUUGGCCUGGCCAAAGAGUACAUUGACCCCGAGACCAAAAAACACAUCCCCUACAGAGAGCACAAGAGCCUGACAGGGACAGCACGCUACAUGAGCAUCAACACCCACCUGGGGAAAGAACAAAGCCGCAGGGAUGACCUGGAAGCAUUAGGGCACAUGUUUAUGUACUUCCUCCGGGGGAGCCUUCCUUGGCAAGGCCUCAAGGCUGACACGCUAAAGGAGAGGUACCAGAAGAUCGGCGACACCAAAAGAGCCACUCCAGUGGAGGUGCUCUGUGAGAACUUCCCAGAGGAGAUGGCCACGUACCUGCGUUACGUGCGGCGCUUGGAUUUCUUCGAGAAGCCAGACUAUGACUACCUGAGGAAGCUCUUCACAGACUUGUUCGAGAGGAACGGUUACGUGUUCGACUACGAAUACGACUGGGCAGGGAAACCACUGCCCACCCCCAUCGGCACGAUGCACAGCGAGGUGCAGGUGCAGCCCCCGAACAGAGACAAAGCACAGCCACACACCAAACACCAGGUGAUGAGCUCCACCAACGGAGAGCUGAACACGGAUGACCCCACAGCAGGACAUUCGAACGCCCCCAUCACAGCCCCCACCGAGGUGGAGGUGACAGACGAUACAAAGUGCUGCUGUUUCUUCAAGAGAAGGAAGAGGAAAACCACCAAGCGUCGCAAGUGAGCUGCCGGGCGGGGUGGAGCGGGGCGUGCGAUGGCUCCUCUGCCUCUGGCCACGGAUGGAAAUUCCCCCACGGAGCCGGGGGCCCUCGGUUGGGACGGGGACAGUGGGGGCCGGGCCGGACGGGCCCCCCCAGGGCCCCCGGUGCAGGCGGGGAGCGGGGCCUCCCAAAACUGCUUUGUCCUUUCCUCCGCCACUCGCCCGGCGCGUGGCCGUUUACUCGAACCAAGCCCGACAUCGCCGAAGUUCCUGCGUCUGUCAAAAAGAAAAAAGGAAAAAAAAAAAAAAAAAAAAAGAAGAAAAAAAAACAAAACACAAAAAAAACCCAAACCCCAAAUCCACAGCGUCACUUGCUUUGAGUCUAUAACUAGUUCGAAAAAAGGGGAUCAACUCUACAGACUGAACCGUCGCUGUCAGAAGAAGCAGAAGACAAUUUGGAGAGCAGUGGGCUAAGGAGGAAAAACUUUUUUUUUCUUUUUUCUUUUUC